ACGGUGUGAGCGCGUCAUUGGCCAAUCAGCAGCCUGAUGCCGACUGGCUGUGUAUGUUUCAGGGUGGCGCUGGGUAGUUCAUUUCUCCAGAGGGGAGUACAGUGUUGUUAUUCAAGAUGCAGUUCAUGCUUCUGUUUAGUCGACAAGGCAAGCUCAGGCUCCAGAAGUGGUACGUGCCUCUGUCUGAUAGGGAGAAAAAGAAGAUCACCAGAGAGCUGGUGCAGACGGUCCUGGCUCGAAAGCCCAAAAUGUGCAGCUUUCUGGAGUGGAGAGACCUCAAGAUUGUAUAUAAGAGAUACGCCAGCCUGUACUUCUGCUGUGCCAUCGAGGACCAGGACAACGAGCUGAUCACACUGGAGAUCAUCCACAGAUAUGUGGAGCUGCUGGACAAAUACUUUGGCAGUGUUUGUGAGCUGGACAUUAUUUUCAACUUUGAGAAGGCCUACUUCAUUCUGGAUGAGUUCUUGCUGGGGGGGGAGGCUCAGGAGACCUCCAAAAAGAACGUGUUGAAGGCCAUUGAGCAGGCGGACCUGCUACAGGAGAAUCUAGACUUUCAGAUGCGCCUGUUUGCAGGUGUGAUGGUCCCAAAUAUGGUCUCUGAGUCUUCUGGUCUUUUCCAGAAUUAGGCCUGCCGAGCCCCGUCAUGAGUUCUUUAAUGUGCCUGUGUACUGAUGGGCUGCCCUCGCUGCUGCUGCUGCUGCUGCUGCUGCUGCUGCUGCUGUCCAGCCUGCAUGCUGAGCUCCUCAGUGCCUGGCACCUUUCUUUCUGCCCUCUGAGCACCUGCCAUUGUCAUUGGUUUGGGAGGGUGUAACAAUAUUCUCAGCGUACCAUUUAAUUCCAUACGUGACAGUCAUGAUACAACAUUGUCAGAAUAACAGGGAUAAUAAAUUCUACAACCACAGUGAAUGAUGGAAACAUUUAGACUACAUUAGACCUUUGGUUUGCUGAUCGUAGUCCUGUUACACAUCCAAUUAAAUGGACUUACUCAUCAGUAUGUUUAUUGAUAACUUGUAAUAUAUUUUGUGGUGACGUAUUGUUACAUGCCUGUCAAUCUGACAUGUGUUAUUGGUUUCAUUGCACGAGUUGAACACCUCAAAAGCAAGUUUGCAUCAUGUGCCAUCAUGACCCAAAAGUUUCCAGUCCACUCAUAGAUUUUCCUUUCGGAGCCCAACCCUCCUGUUGUCCUCGGGUCAAAUUAGACCCGUCUCACAAAAACUUCCUAUAUCAGAACUAUGACAUAAGAACAAUAAAUAUAGUGACAAAUGUUGGAAAAGUGUCAAAACACGUAGGAAAAAGCAACAAAAAACACGUAGGAAAAAGCAACAAAAACUUGUAUUAAAAAUUUACAAAGAAAAAUUUAAAAGCCUAAAAAUGUGAAUGAAAUCAACAAGAAUAGUGUAGAAAACCAAUAACAAAAUGUUGGAAUUUCAACCCAGAAAAACAAAGUUGCAUGGUCGACGGAAGACGACACGAGGGUUAAAGUGGGCUGUGUGAUGAGUUUUUGUUGUUGUUUUGUUUUGUUUUUUUGGUUUUGUAUUUGUCUAUUAGUUUUUUUUAACCUGUUUCCAAGGUGAAGAAUGAACUUUCAACCUCAACAAAACUGUCCAAUUGUUCUUUUGACUUCUUUAAAACGAGUUGAGUUGAGCUGCUGUAAAAUCCGACCAGUACUGGAUGAGGAUGGCACCUGAUUCCAAACGUUUGGUUUUAGACUGGUUUUUUGGCCUACCGGUCACAUUUAUCACAUUUAUCACAUUUAUCACAUUUAUUACAUUUAUUACAUUUACUUCACCGUGUUGUCAGACACAAAUUACACAGGAUGAUUCACGUCAACAUGAUUUCUUCACAAACUCCCUACUUUUUAUGUUCCUCUUUGCUAUUGGCACUGAAACACGGUGAGGAAAGCCUGCCCCCUGUUGUGCACUGAUGUGUCUGACGGCGUUGAAGUACACACAACAUCUUCACGCCAUGAGUAUUUAAACACACUCGUGAAAAGAAAUGCUUUAAGAUCACAAAAUAUGAUCAUCUCAUUUCUGCUGUUACUUCAACACAGAUUCAAGGCUCAUCACCUUCACACUUGAGUGUUUAAAGGUGUUCAUCCAAUCACUUUAUAUUUCAUAUUUUUUUAUUGUUUCCCUCGUUGGUCUUGUUUCUUUGUCAUGUCUCUCGUGGAUGUUUCCGGGGAUCACAUUUGGGUGUUUAUUUUCUCACUUCAAAUCAUCUAUAUUUUAAUUUUAGGUAUUGUCCUUGCUGGGAUUUCCAGGAGUUGUUAUCAUUUUUUUAAUCAGAACAAACCCUAGUCCAGACUAUAGCACACACUAGAAUACCUAAUGGCUUUUAAAACUAUUUAAAUGUGAUUUUAUUUUAUUUUUUUAAACUUUUUAAAUUAUUAAUAGACCCUAACUAUUUUCUAUUUAAAUACAAAAGCAAAACACCCACUCUCAAGGUAAGUGGUAUAAGUGGGUAUUGAGAAAUACUUUGUCUUUGCACUGAUUAACUAAAGGCUCUUCUGGCGUUCUACAAUCUUUCAUAAAUGCACACUGACAAAGCACCUACGAUGUUUUGUAUGAUCUGUCAUGAUGAUAAUGAUAAUGAGAUAAUGAUAUGAUCAUUUGAGGGAUCUUUAUCAAUGUAUAUAAUAGAUCCUUAAUAAAUUGUUUGUGAUUCUUUGUCAGUUAA